GCAGAGUUGUCUCUCCUCACAGUCAUGGCUUAUGACCGCUACAUAGCCAUUUGCAGACCCCUGCACUAUAGGACCCUCAUGGACUGCAGAGCUUGUAUCAUAAUGGCAGCAGCAACCUGGGACAGUGGUGUUCUCAGGGCUCUCCUGCACACUGGGAACACAUUUUCCAUUCCACUGUGUGAAGGCAAUGAGGUGGAUCAGUUCUUCUGUGAGAUCUCCCAGAUCCUCAAGGUCUCCUGCUCUGAUGCCUACCUCAGAGAAGCUGGGCUUCUUGUGAUUAGUGCCUGUGUAAUGUUUGGGUGCUUAGUUUUCAUUGUGGUGUCCUAUGUGCAGAUUUUCAGGGCUGUGCUGAGGAUUCCCUCUGAGCAGGGCCGCCACAAAGCCUUUUCCAUGUGCCUCCCGCACCUGGSCGUGGUCUCCCUCUUUAUCAGCACUGCAUUUUUUGCCUACCUGAAGCCUCCCUCAAUCUCCUCCCCACUUCUAGAUCUAGUGGUGGCUGUCCUGUAUUCGAUAGUGCCUCCAGCAAUGAACCCCCUCAUCUAUAGCAUGAGGAAUAAGGAGCUUAAGGAUGCCCUCAGAAAAAUGAUUUCAUGGWCAUUUUUUASUAUGGGGAAGCUGGAGAUGCCAGGAGAGCAGUGA